AUGAAUGUCGCUACGACUCGUGCUCGUCUUGGCCAGUUCAUUAUUAAUCCGGGCAAGAAGAAUCCCCUUGAGUGGCCCUUGAAAAACCCCGUUGCUUUCCUCGAGGAACGAAAUGCAGUUAUCAGUCUCAGGGGCUGCUGCCGUUGGUGCUUGAUGUGCCAGAACUGCUGUAAGACUGGCCAUCUUGCCACCGACUGCAAAUUCAAGCCGAAGUGUGUUCGGUGCGAUGGAGCACCCCAUGCGACUCGCAACUGUCCUCGCACGGAGGAAGACGCAAUCUCCGCAUCCGCAUCCGAACCGAUCACUGCUGAAGAUGGCAUUCAACGAGAUGUUCUCAACCCUCCGCGGGUCAACUUCUCCGAUUCGAGGCGAUCUAAGAAGAACAGCGCCUCUCGUGAGGAAGCUUUUGCUAAGUCCAACAAACACCAGGACGCAGUGCGAAAGGCCUAUCGCAAUGCUCUGCAGGCGCUUCGUAAGGUCAGGAAGGACCAAGACGUUCAGGAUCUUGGGACUGAUGAACAGGUCGAUCUUGUGUCUAAUGAGGAAGCAGGCAGCUAG